AGAGCGACAAAAUCUAUGAAGUCGAACCUUCUGUCUCUUCUAGAGUGUCUUUGCCACGCUUCUCUGGCUCUCGUUGCCUUUGUUAAUAAUCUGUUAAAUCGCGUAGGAUUUUCAAAGUCUUUACCUUUACCGACAACCUUCACUUCUUACAUGAAUUCUUUGACAAUGCCGUCUCACAUUCUUCUCCUCCUUCGUGGCUGCUCAUCUCCACGCUUCGAGAACAUUCCUAUCUCACAGGUGCUCAAGCAAUGGUCCACCCCCAAGCUUCUGGAGUCCGCUUUAUCCCCCAUGAUCAAAACCAGCCAAAACCAAGACUGUUACAUGAUGAACCAGUUCAUCACCGCCUGCACCUCCUUCAACCGCCUCGACCUCGCGGUUUCCUCAAUGGACCACAUGCAGGAGCCUAAUGUAUUCGUCUACAACGCGUUGAUUCAAGGCUUCGUUACUUGUUCUCACCCGAUUCGUUCUCUUGAGUUAUACGUUCGUAUGCUCAGAGACUCUGUUUCUCCAUCGAGCUACACUUACACUUCCCUCGUAAAGGCUUCCACUUUCGAUCACGUGUUUGGGGAGUGUGUUCAUGCGCACAUUUGGAGACUUGGGUUUUGUCUCCAUGUCCAAAUUCAGACCACGCUUAUCGGGUUUUACUCGGGAUUCGGUAGAAUUAAAGAAGCGAGGAAAGUGUUCGACGAAAUGCCUGAGAGAGAUGAUUUUGCCUGGACCACGAUGGUUUCUGCUUAUCGUCAGGUUUUGGAUAUGGAGUCCGCGAGCUCUUUAGCUAACCAAAUGCAGGAGAAGAAUGUAGGUACGUGGAACUGUUUGAUUGAUGGAUAUAUGAGAUCAGGCAAUGUUGAAGUAGCGGAGUCUUUGUUUGAUCAGAUGCCUGUGAAGGAUAUAAUCUCAUGGACGAGUAUGAUCAAAGGCUACUCGAGUAACAAGAGAUACAGAGAAGCAAUCUCAGUGUUCUAUAAAAUGACUGAGGAAGGAGGGAUUGUUCCUGAUGAAGUGACUAUGUCAACUGUUAUCUCAUCUUGUGCGCAUCUCGGCGUGCUGGAUGUAGGCAAGGAGGUUCAUAUGUACACGGUGCAGAACGGGUUUGUUCUCGAUGUCUACAUUGGUUCAGCACUGGUGGAUAUGUAUUCCAAAUGCGGUAGCUUGAACCGAGCGCUUGUGGUGUUCUUCAAUUUGCCGGAAAAGAAUCUCUUCUGCUGGAACUCGAUCAUCGAAGGGCUCGCGGCUCAUGGUUAUGCACGUGAAGCAAUGAAAAUGCUUGGCAAGAUGGAGAUGGAUUCAGUCAAACCUAACUCAGUCACUUUCGUGAGCGUUCUAACUGCGUGUACUCACGCAGGGCUUGUAGAAGAAGGCCGGAAGAUAUACCGUAGCAUGAGUGAUGAAUACUCCAUCCUCCCUAAUAUUGAACACUACGGAUGCAUGGUUGCUUUAUUCAGCAAAGCCGGGUUGAUUCAAGAGGCUCUAGGAUUGAUUGAAAGUAUGGAGUUUGAAGCGAAUGCGGUUAUCUGGGGAGCGUUGCUUGAUGGGUGCAGGCUUCACAAGAACUUAGAGAUAGCUGAGAUAGCGUUUAACAAACUGAUGGUUUUGGAGCCGAGGAAUAGUGGGUACUAUUCUCUUUUGAUUAGCAUGUAUGCAGGAGAAAACAGGUGGAGAGAUGUAGCAGAGGUUAGAGGAAGGAUGAGAGAGUUGGGUAUAGAAAAGAUAUGUCCUGGGGCGAGUUGGAUUGAGUUAGAUAAACGAGUCCAUCUGUUUGCUGCAGCUGAUAGAUCUCACUCUGCUUCAGAUGAGGUUUACUUGCUACUUGAUGCGAUAUAUGACCAGAUGGGAUUAGCGCAGGAAACUGAGUAUGCAUAUUAAGAGUUACUAAAAGAGCUGCUCAUCUAUAUUGUUGCUUCAUAUUGGUCAAACACUAUGCUAAAGGAUCAAUAGCUGAGCCUGAGUGUCUCUAGCCAAUUUCAAUUGCAGAUAGUCCUAUGGGUAUGGUAUAUCCUUUAAUGCUCAUUUCCGUCUCACACUAUUCACCAUCUCCCACAUCCCAGCGUCAGCAUAUAUAUUAGAAAGCAAGAGGUAGACGCUUGAUUCAAUGGAUCCCAUGGAUAAGAGCUUCUCUGUGAUUUCUUCUGCUAAGUCGACAUUUUUAUGAAUUCUACAAGCAUUCAAAAGAGCUCCCCAAGCACUGGCUGUUACUCAUAUAUCUUUAGAAAACCAUGGGAAUGUAGUGUCUGUGUUAUAACGCCAUUACAUGUCUUAUGAUAGGAUGCGUUUCCUCCAUUCUCCUUGAAAGAUUCCCGAUCGCAGGACGACUCCAAAAGUUUGAUAGGAGAAGGAUAAUAAACAUUGUCAUGUAAAUACAGAAAGGCUUUAAUGUCAUCUCCAUAUGUCUUCAACUCCAGCAAAAUGGAUAAAAAGGUUACUCAUACAUUGCUACAGAUGGUUUACGUUUUGCUGUUGCAGGAGAUGAAUAUUGUUAAAGACCACUUCUGUUUGGUUUAGUUCAUUUCGAUUUUGUACCGGAAGAUUGUAAUCCAUGUUCUCGGAAAACUCCUUUCUCUUUGCGAGUUUAGUCCAUAAUCGUGUAAUC